CUAUUUCUGUUGUGUUUUGUGUGUUUUUGCAGUGUUUUUCGUAUUGCUGGUGUUUUCUUAAGUUGCAGUCCAAUUGGCCUCUCAGGGCCACUGUAGAAAAGGAUUUUCUCACGGAGGGUAGGGCUUAGUUCCAGAUGAAAAUAAGAUAAAUAAUGUUCACUUGUCAAUUAAAGUGAUCAGCUGUUGACUUUUGUGGAAGUUUUAAUGGAUUGUGUAACUAAUAUUCUGAGAAAUAAUAGGUCUGUGCUUCAGUUCAGGUGAGUGAAAUUUGUUUAUUACUUGGAACUCGGGAUGUGUGCAACUAAUCAUCGAUGUUGUCACUAAUGAGUCCCCAGAUUUACUUGUCAUUUAAUUUAAUUGUUAAAAUGUAUUAUUAAUUGUCCAAAAAUGUUGGCAACAGUCUGCAACCAAAUGACGCAUUGUUGAGAAAUGCCAAAAAUUUGUGAAUGAAGGCCUGAUCUUUUUGUUAACUGCAGGAAAUGAGCUUUCUAUGAAAGGUGGAUGGGCCCUCUCUUAGCAACAGGGUGAGGAGUUCAGUGAUUAUGGAUGGGUUCAGAGUAGAGCCGCUACUCCUUCACAUCGAAAGGAGACCGCUAAGGCUUUAAAAGUAAAGGAUUUACAUUAAAAUCACUUCUUACAUAAUGCAAAAUGGCAAGCACUUGUUCACUGGUGAAAAGAGGAAUUUGGAAACUUGGUGGAGCUAUUUGAUCAAAUCUGCAAAUCUUCUUUGGAGGUCAAAGAAGAGACAAUAUCAAUACAGUGGUUAGAAAGACACGAGCAUGUGAACAUUUCUUCUGUUAAAACAAUCCUUGGAGGAUGGAGAUGAUCUGCUGUAAAGACCCUGAAAGAAUCAGCUGACAGAAAAGAAGGGAUCGGCUAUUUUCAUAUUUGUUAUUAGCAAAUCACCCCUGGUUUAAGGGAUAUUUCAUAGUUUUAAUCAAAUUUUGGAUAGAACUUUAGUCAAACAAUAGCAAAAGAAAAAUAAAAGCAUUUUCUCCUACAAAGAACAAAAUAGAUGACUUGCUUACAAACUUACUAAUUGCUUAUUAUAUAUGUGCUUGCUGCUGUCGGGUCAUUGUUUGAGUUAUUUAUUAGUUCAGGGCAUGAUUACAAACCACAGGUCUGUUCAGAGAGCAGGUUCGGUUUGUUUCCUGGGCCUUGCUGAGUAAAACUGAGAACCACCUGAGAUCGAUCAGACAUCUGUUCAAGUUUAACUCACAAAUUAUUUCAGAAAACCAACAAGACACACGGCUGCUUUGGGUCCUCUCUGCCUUUACUGGACGAUUGGAGUUUGGUGUCAUCACUUCAGUCUGACGCCACCUCCUCCUCUGCCUGUUAGUGUGAGGAAAUAAGACAAAGAAAGAAUUUAGCAUCCAUAAUAAGAGAAAAUGUCAUUAAAUUAAAAAAAAUUGCAACUAAUGACUGUCGGGGGAAAAAACAGAAAAAACAUCAAAUCAUCUCGUUUACCUUCAGUUUAUUUUAUUUUGAAAACAAAUACUUUGUUAUUUCUGCUGUGAUGAAUAAAUAUUGGUCUUUUUUCAAACUCUGUGUUCUUUCUUUUCUUUCUAUUGUGGCUUCCUUGUUUAUUUCCAAGUUCUUUUCACUUCUCUGUUGCAGAAAUCAUUGUGACACUUGAUCCAUGAGAGUAAUCUGACUGAACGUGUGCAGUUGAGCCUUUUUUAAGUCACUGUGCAGAACUUUCUUCAGCUUUUUGUAAGAACUGCACUGGGUAAAAAAUGCCACGCCUAGAUUGCACGAAAAUGCAGACAUGAGUGGCAAACCCACAAAGAUCUGGGGUUUGCAGUGGCUAACAACUUUGCAGCUCUCUCUUCAGAUGUUUUCCGCCUUCUACACUUUUUGCAUCCUUGAGCUCUUGUUUUCAGUGAAGUGAAGCACAGAGGGGAUGAAGAAAGAUUUUUGCCGUCACUAAAUGAACUAAAAGACACAGAAUCUGUUCAAAAUUGAGGUCGACUUUCAGAAUGAAGGUGAUUGUGUUGUUUGUGUUUGUGCUGGGUGCGCUCUCUGCAGCAGGUGAAGAUUUCUUUGCAAAAGUCGGGCAGAAAGUCACAUUGAACUGUGGAGUCAGCAGCUACAGACGCUCUCUGACGUGGCGUCAUAUAAAUGACCUUCUUCAUAGUGUUGAUCAGAGCGGCUUCCCUCGCAAAGGCUAUGUUGAACUUGUGCAGAGGUCAGUCCUGAGACAGACGAAUCUGGAAAUCUCCAGUGUGAAAGAAACAGAUGCUGGACGGUUCACAUGUUUGGCAGAUGGGACACGUCAUAACCAUUCACUUGUUGUGCUCUCAGUUUUGGCCUCCAUCAAACCCUCUGCUGUUUUCGAGCUAAACAAUGAGGCAACGCUCAGGUGUGAGGUGAAAGGUCAGCACCAUGGUUGUGAAGUGAAGUGGAGAAGUCCAAAUACAUAUUCACUCACAAAUACAUCAACAGUUCAACUCAAACCUGUAAAAACCUCACAUAACGGGGCCUGGGAGUGUAUCAUCACCUGUGGCAGGAAUACAUUUAGUGAGCCUCUGGCCAUCACAGUACAAGAGCCUCCAACUACAACAACUCCACCAACCACCCUGAAGAACAUCACAUCAUUUGUAACGAGUGUUCAGGGUACUGCCAACGAUUGCCCACUGGGACUCUCCUGUUCGAUGUGGUUUGCGAUUGGGGUGUGCUGCCAGUUUGGGAUGCUCCUCAUAGUUUGUGUCACUGUCUUGUGUAAGUGUAUGAGAAGAAAUACAGUAUGAGAGGAAAGGCGUUCAUCAAAUAUUUAUGUGUAGGUGUGAUAGCUUAUGAUAAAAGAAACCAAAAGAAAAUGGGUUAAACACCCCCUGCACCACUGUGUUUACAGAUUAUGGUGAACUUCUACUUAAAGUUUUUUGCCGAAUGUGUAACUGAUCAGAGUCAUGAUUUCACUCCACCAAGUUCUUAUAAAAGUCCUUGCACGCUUCACAACUGGCAAAAGUCUAAAUGAGUGUCUCAGAUUGUGUAUUACACUCUUCAGUAAAUUGGUGCAGAUUUACAGAUGAGGUGUCGGUUUGUUUUCUGGGCCUUCCUGGGUGAAACUGAGAACCAACUAAGAUCUCUCAGACAUCUGUUCUGGCUUUACACACAGAUUACACUUUAUUGCCAAAAGUAUUCACUCGUCUACCUUGACAUGCAUAUAAACUUGAGUGAAAUCCCAUUCUUAAUCCAUAGGGAUUAAUAUGAUGUAGGACCAACUGUGGCAGCUGAAACUCUUACAGGAAGGCUUUCCAAAUGUUUAGGAGUGUUUAUAGGAGUUGUUGGUGCUUCUGGACACGUGUCUAGAAGCACAUUUGUGAGGUCAGACACUGUUGUUGGACUAGAAGGCCUGGCUCGGAGUCUCUGCUCUAAUUCAUCCCAAAGUUGUUCUGUCGGGUGGAGGUCGGGACUCUGUGCAGGCCAGUCACGUUGUUCCAACAGGAACGGGAAGAGACCAUCCCCAAACUGUUCCCACAAUGUUGGAAGAAUGAAAUUGUCCAAAAUGUCUUGGUAUGCUGAAGCAUUAAGACUUCCUUUUACUGGACAACAAUAAUAUCCCCUCCACUUAACUCUACACUUGGCCAAAUACGAUCUGACAAGAAUCGUUCCCCUGGCAACCGUCCAUUACAUUGUCCAGAUGGAGAAUCUUGAUUCAUCACUCCAGAGAACAUGUCUCCACUGCUCUAGAGUCCAGUUGUAGUGCGCUUUAUGCUGAUCUGAAGGUCUGUAGCAAUUAACUCUCCUCUGUGAUUUUAUGUGUCCUACAUAGGGAUGGGUAUCAUUUAGGUUUUAUCCGAUACCAGUACCAAACCGGUACUUUUGAAACGGUGCCGGUGCUUAAAGAAUGGAGAACACAAACUUUGUCCAAAAACCUCUCAUGUUUAGCUGUUU